UUACUGUCUGUUUGUUCAGGAGGCGCAGGUGGAGCCAAUCCUGCCGCUGCCGCCAGCGGGCCUGGCGGGGUGUGUGGGAAUCAAGACCUCCUCACCAACCUGCUGGUGUACCAGUACCUCUCCGGCAACAUCCCCGGAGGGGCUGCUGGCGCUCCCCCGCAGCUAGCCGCCCUCCUUGCCUCACAGGGCGUGUCUCCAGCAACCAGGACAGUAACAUCGGUGUCCAAGACGUUGACGACGGUGACCGUGGACGUGCCAGCCACCACGCACUUCAGCACCUCCACCACGUCCUACGUCACCACCAUCACGUCAGAGGACGUCAAGACCAUCCCUGUCAUCUUCCGAGGAUCUAGAAUCACCACCACCAUCACCGAGUCCAGCGAGGAGGUAAUCACCGCCACUGAAUACUUCACGGAAUCCUCGGUGCACCAGCCGUCCAUCGUGCAGACCUUCCCGGUGCACAUCACCAUUACCGAGACACGCACCCGUGGCCUUGACGGAGCCUACACGCUCUUCGACCUGACCCACGGCGCCACCUCAGUGCUUCAGGAGCCCAUCAACACAGCAUCAUUCAACCUGGACACAGGGCUUGACUUGUCCAACUUAGAUUUGUCUCAAUUGGACCUGACCAGUCUCACCGGAGGGGGAGGACUUGGUGGCCUUGAUGGCGACCAGGGCCAGGUGUUGUCCAUGCUGUCCUCGCUUUUGAGUGGCAUUGACGACCCCCCGGCAGACGAGCUUCCGGCUCCCAUUGGUCCCAGUAGCAGCAGCAGCCGGGACUUUAGGCAGAACCCUAAUAGGAACAGAAACCAAAAUGCAGCCACCAGAUUCAGCCCUGACUACCCCGAUUAUGAGGAUCCAGUGGACGAGACGCCAAAAUUCAACGUGCUGCGAGGCUUCACGCUGAGCGACCGCUUGGCCAGUGUGACCGGUGGCGACUCGCCGUCCUCGGGCAGAGCAGCCACCGACACCCGCUACAGUAAAUAUCAGAGAAAGAGCAGAGUGGAAAACAACGGCAUCAGCACCACAGAGUCCAGCACGCGGGAGGCAGAGCGCUUCUCGGCCUCAACUCGCCGCCGCACGCUGUCCCGCACUGAUCGCCGGCGCUCCACCACUGGCAGCCGCCCCCCAAGCACGCGCUUCGUCCCAGCACCAGAGACACAGUAUUUCGAGGAAAAUGCGUCACAGUUCCGUCCCUUCGGACAACGGCGGGACCGGGAAGCGUCAAGCAGGCGGCGCGGGAACUUGGAGCCUCGCACACCGUCGCAGCCUCCACGCGCCCGCAGCCAGCCACAGCCUAAAGCCCGCCAGGCGGACAGUGCCCCGACUCCUCAGAACAAACCGCAGCCCACGCCUGCCUCGGGGCUCAGCACAGUGCUCACUAUGUACAUCAGUGGCUCUGAGCCCGGCCAGUUCUUCACCAGGUUGCAGACCAUCCAGCUGCGGUCUCUUGGGUCUUCCAGGAGACGCAGGAAUGUAGAAGAGCUGCCCGUGACCAAACUCUCCACCUCGACAGUGAGCCCAGCAGCCUCCUUCACCACCCUCGUGCCCCGCGUGCCAGUCGAGGCUGAGCCGAGCAACGUGGUCAAGAUGCUCAAACAGCUGGAACCAACACAGGUGCGCCAGAUGAUCCACUCUCUUCAGAAGUGGGUGAAUUACUACAGCCACGAGGUUCUGGACGAGGGUCCUGACAACCUGGUGAUGCCUGAGCUUACCUCCUCCCUCAGCGUGGAGGCACAGGAGAUCGAGACCGGGGCCACCAAGGCUCUGCCUCGCUCCCCCAUGGUGCUCACGGGUAUGCCACUGGUCACUGAUCGCUGCCCAGCGCCCUCCACGGUCACGACCACAGUGUACCACACCGUUGUCCUCACCGCGGGGAUUGACAAUAAUGGUUCGACAGUCUAAUGUCCAGCAGUCAUAGGCUGGUCCCUGCCCUUCCCCCUAUCCAGUCAGGUCUUGCUUAACCGUCCCUCCCCAUCCAGUUUGUUGGUAUUUAUCCGAAGUGAGUGUUGCUGUACAUAAAUGCUUGUGUGUGUCUGGCCUGUACAUAAGCGUGUGUAUGUGUGUACUUGACUGAGUGUGCCAGGGUUCGAGACCCACCAAGCUCAAGUAAAACAAAUGCCUCAAGGACUUGAAGGACGACACAGGAGUGCUCUGAAGACAUCAAGGUUGACUGUCUCUCUCGACCCGACUCCACCUGACCCGCGGGACGAUGGGUCGCUAAGCAAGCAAGGGUGAAACCAAAGUUGAGGGAACACUAAGAGUCUGGAGUGAAUACAAGCAGGAAUAGCAAAGUACGUUACAGUAUCUGGUGCACCACCCCUUGCUCCAUUCACCUGUCUGGGAGGCGAGCCGGGAGUCGCCACACCUGGCCGAGAACUCCACGCCAGCCCGUUGCCCGAGGCCACUCUCUGUGCGUGGGAGGACACACUUCCUUUCACUCCAGCGGCAGUUGAAUCAACCUAAUUGUAAUCCCGGAGCCCACAUGAUGUAAUUGUUAAUUGAGUUCCCACGAUGUUAACACGCUAUGCAUGUCGGUAAAGCAAUAACAACAUAAAAUAUUGGAUCCACUUUCCUGUUCCGCCUUUCUGUUCUGUGUCACAAACUUCCAAAGAGUCUCUUUUGCAGCCAGUCCUCGUCUUCAUACCCCCACAACCCUCCACGCCCACGGACGCCCACGGAGUACACCCGCAGCGUCCCGCGGCACCACACACUUCUAGCUGACCGCUGGAAUAUGUAUAAUGUAUUAAGCUUUGGUAUGUAUCAUAUCAUUCUAUGCGUCCCUGACCCUCCCGCUCCCCUCUCCUCCUUCCCAUGAGCUCCAUGCCGUCCCUCUCUUCUUCUCCCCCUCACUAUACCGAAGUGUUUGGUGUGAAUAAAAAAAAAUAUUCAACGGAAUAUUCAAAAGAGAACAUAAUGACGAUGGAUGAAAGUAGUGUUAGUUGUGAUAUGAAAUGGUGUGGUACUGGUGUGAUGGUGUUGUGGUGUGUUGAGGAUAGUGAUAUGAUGGUGUUGAGGUGACAGUGUGAAGGUGUGAUGAUAUACGAGUAGGUAGUGUGUGGUGUUCCCGAGUCUUCAGUAUUGAACCAGUCUCUUGUUAAUUAUCAAUAGUCUAUCAGUAGCUGAGUGUAUAAUUAUAACAUGUAUAUCAUAGUCAUUAUUAUUAUUAUUAUUAUUAUUAUUAUUAUUAUUAUUAUUAUUAUUAUUAUUAUUAUCAUUAUUAUUAAUGAAAUGCAAAAAAAAAAAAGAGAAAAGAAAUUUGUUUAUUUUCUUUUUACUUCUACUGCAAUAUUGUCUACUGGGCAUUUUGUAGUUACUCAGUUAUCAUUAUUAUUAUUUUUUUUUUAGUUGCCAGAAAUUUGCAUUGGAAGGAGAGGCGAAGUGCUGUGAUUGGAGGAAGUAUUUUUUUUUUAUAACGAAACACGUGACGCCAAUUGGAUGAUGGACUGUGAAUCUAUACUUGUGAAUAUUUACUAUUUUACAUUUUUUUAUCAUAUAUUUUCUUUGGUAUUUUUUUUUUUUUUUGCAUGCCUAUGUUGAUGAGUCUAUCUCUCUUUGUCUCUUAUUCCAUUUAGCAUGUUGUACUUUUAUUUUCUCCAAAUUUAUCAACUAACCAAAGUUCUUCGAUGUAUGCGUGUGUCUGUGUGUGUGUGUGUGUGUGUGUGUGUGUGUGUGUGUGUGUGUGUGUGUGUGUGUGUGUGUGUGUGUGUGUGUGUGUGUGUGUGUGUGUGUGCAUAGAGAGUGAAUGAGUGAGCUAGCAUGUAUAUGUAUGCUACGCGGUAUGUUGUGUGUGUGUGUGUGUGUGUGUGUGUGUACGUCCAACUAACCAUAUGAGCGUAAGGGAAGCCGCCGAGACGCACUAAGCGGAGUCGGCACUAUGCAUGAAGGCGCCACUGUCGGUCAUAAUGUGUACCCAGGACGGAGUGCCCCCUUCUCUCUCUCUCUCUCUCUCUCUCUCUCUCUCUCUCUCUCUCUCUCUCUCUCUCUGGCAAGGUCAUUCGGGCGGAUCUAAAACAAGUCUGCCAUUAACUCAUAACCAGGUGUAGUGGAUGGGUCUGGACUAGAUUAUGUAAUGCAUCAAGCUAAAAUACACCACACCCUUUAUGUACUGUCGACGGUGCAGGAUGCAUGUAAAUACUUAAGUGAUACAGUAUAUAAAAUCGUGUUGCUCUCUACAUACAUACUUAUUCCAGUGCAAGGUUAUGUCAUGGUUCUAAACGGUGAUAUUAUAAUGAGGAGAGGAAUAUCAGUCAUGCUACGUGUGGAGGUGAGGGUGUCUGUGUAAGGGGGACUUAAGCUAUGUGCCAGUAACGCAUGAGUGACAUUGACGAAAGUUGUAAAAAGAUAUCACAUUUCGCUUCCAGAUCAACCCUAUUUCGUGUCCUUUCGUCACUCCUCUCUCUCUCUCUCUCUCUCUCUCUCUCUCUCUCUCUCUCUCUCUCUCUCUCUCUCUCUCUCUCUCUCUCUGUUUUCAGUCCUUUUAUUGACAAUCAUUUAUCUUCUAUCCUUUCCCUUCUGUCCUCAGACUUAGUAGUUCAGUCCUUUCCAUGACAAACUUUACCUUUUUAAAAUACAUACAUACAUGUUUUCCCCUUAAAAUUUCACGGAAUAUUCAGUUUAUAGUCUUUUCUAUAUUUUGUAUACGCUUUUUUAUAUGAGCCUUUACAUCUGCGGCGUGUGGUUUACUUUUCAUAUGUACCUACAACAUUCUCACAUUUUCGUUAUAUUCGCAGUUUAGUCUUGCCCGCAUUUUUCUUAUAUAAUUUUCUAUGAAUUGGAGCCUGUUCUCUUUAUGUACAUCUUGUGUAAUCAUGUGUGUCUUCGGCGUGUGGUUUUCUGUUUCGGUGUUUAACCUUCCCCAUUUUCGUUGUGUCUCUCUCCUGGGUUCCCUCCCACGCAAAUAGGUGAGCGGCGUGAUGGUGGCGCGCCAGUGUAAGAUAGGGAGUGGAGGGGUGGUGGUGGAUAGCGGGCGUCCCUCGCUCUUGCUCCACCCACUCCUCCCCGCCUCCCUCCUUGGGUUUAGUGUCUAUAUAUAAAUAUUAUAUUAUCUUUAACUAAUACUGUGUCUAUAAUAAAGUGUAUAUAAGAGUAUUUUAAGAUGAUCAUAAAUAAAUCUUUUUUUUGUAA